AUGUCAGGAGGAAUAAGCCCUGGCCCCGGCGGAAUGGAUUCAUCGACUGUGGCGGGGUCGGGGUCCGAUACGAGGUCGGCGACGACAGCCUCAGCUCCAAGUAGUAGCAGCAGUCCAAGUCAAUCUGCCACUGCAGCCACCACCACCCAAGGUGGUGCUUCAAUUCAUCAUAUUCGCAACAAUAGUCUUUCAGAUGAUUCUCAACGUAUCAAACACACCAGACGUCCCAGAGCCAGCACAGAAGAACUGCCCACUGCAGAGCAUCAGCAUCCGAAUCAUCAGCAUCGCUUAUCCAAUUCGCACAUCACCUCGUUCUUGCUCAUCAACUCUGCGCAAACGUCACCUCAAAUGAUGAGCGAGACGAUGAGUGAUGUAAUAUCGGAUGCUAAGUUGAUUUCGCUGAACGAAGGGCAGGUGGCACGAACUUCGGUACACUACGAUCAGUUGCUCAAUAAGGCGAUGGCGCUUUUGAAGGAGAAAUCCGAACGUGAGGAUGAAAUAUUGUCGCUGCGUUCACGUAUCGAGUCACUUCAAGAGCUGAACAGAACAAUUCGUGAAAAGAGUGUUAGAUUGCAUGCAAAGGCAGAACAAGAGGAGGAAUUCAUCUCGAAUAUGUUAUUGAAACGUAUUCAAAAACUGAAGAAUGACAAGGAAGCAAUCGCUUUAAAAUACGAACAGGAAGAAGAAUUUCUAACGAAUGAUCUCACUAGAAAAUUAUCACAGCUGCAAAAUGAACGCGAUGAGCUUGCGGGUCGUGCGAAAGCUGAACAGAGCAGUGUGGUGGACACGCUUCUGGUGAAGAUAAGGAAACUCGAGGCUGAGAUUAAUGCGAAUCAUGUGGCACUUGAACAACUGCGUCGUGAGAAGGUCGACUUGGAGAAUGCACUGGAGCAUGAACAGGAGCAGUUAUUCAAUACGCUCGGCAAACGUAUGGACCAGCUGGAGGCUGAGAAACGUCGUAUGCAAGCGCGUCUAGACCAGGCGAGUGUCUCUGAAGAUCAGUCACCUGCGUCGUCGAAUCACGAGCUAUUCGGAGGAUUCGUGCAUGAGGAGUUGAACAGCGCCGAGCCGCGUCGCUCGACGCCGUCGCGCGCCGAAGUGGAGGCACGUAAGCUGCGCGAGGAAUGUAGCGGGGUUGCUCGAAUUGCGCGAGCGGUCAGCGGAGACGCGCGUGAGCGUGAGACACGCGCGGUCGUCUCUGGAAACGGACAUUUCAAAGUGUUUGGAUGCGUGUCGGUGAGCGGUUGGAUUUGUUUUGGCACUUUUUCACUUUGGGGGCACUUCGGUCGCACGCGAGCCCGCACUUUCGCGUACAACGAUACGAAGCACAUACGCUCGCAAACCAUGAGCGCAGUGGGCGUGGCAUCGGUUGUUAUACGCGAGCGUGCUCGCGUGCGACCGCACCCGCCAAUGGGCAGAAGUAUUUUUAGGGCGUUUCUGAGCGAGGAGAAUGCGCGAGAAGCGUUGGAAGACAAGCGCAUAGACGAGUUGUUGAGUAAUAUGUCGGCACCGAAGAGCAGCACGCCGACACCGGGCAUUGGUGUGGGUGCGAAUUCACCAACCGGAACACGACUCGCGAACGUACAACGCAUCUCGACGAUCGAGCCGACGGUGCCCGUGGACGGUAGCAGUAACGUGUGGCAUGAUGAGAGGCCACUUUCGGCCAGAUCAGAAUCUCAAGGUGAACGUAUGGAGGAGGGCUCAGAGGCAGCAGAUACGGAUGGUGAUGCUCAAAUGGAAGCGAAUUGUUAUUUUUAUCCAAAUAUAACAGGCUUCUGUGCGAGUGAGCCGACGAAACUGAUCAAUAUUGCAUCGUUUGGCUCAUCAACUUUGUAUGGCUCUUCAAUUUCGGGUACUUCGAAUGAAGAUUCGAAUGAGUCGUCCGAGUCAGUAGCCACUUCGAGUGCGUGUGGCGGUGUUGGAGGAGUGGCCUCGGGCCCGGGCCAGCAGCCGAGUGGUGUGGCUCCUGGAAGUGGAGCCCAGUUCGCGCGACCCGCGCUACCCGCGAACCGUUCGCCGGUUAACGGGUGGAUAGUGGUGCUGGAAUUAUAUGGAGACUGGGAUGCUUACGAAGAGGAUUUAGAACGAACAGAGGAUUUGGACAUGGAUGGAUUGAGAGCGAUACGUUGGACAGAGCCGGCCGGAUGCGAAGUCUGA